AUGCUCGCUCUCUGUCUCUUCGGCCCCACCCCCUCUCUCUUCCCUCUCUCCCAAACUCAACCGCGCCCGCGCCCCCAACUCAACCGCGCCCGCACCCGCAACUCCACCGUCGAACACCGCCGCCGCCCGAACGCUGCCGCCACCCCACCCCGCCGCAGCACCACCCUGCCGCCCCGGAGCCCUGCGACCCCGUCGCCACCACCGCCUGGCGCCCCUCCGCCCGACCAGCGCCGCCCCGCCGCCGCCCCCCACGCUGCCGCCGCCCCACCCUGCCGCAGCACCACCCUGCCGCCCCGGAGCCCUGCGACCCCGUCGCCACCACCGCCUGGCGCCCCUCCGCCCGACCAGCGCCGCCCCGCCGCCGCCCCCCACGCUGCCGCCGCCCCACCCUGCCGCAGCACCACCCCGCUGCCUCGGAGCCCUGCGGCCUUGUCGCCACCACCGCCCGGCACCCCCUCCGCCUGGCCAGUGCCACCCCACCGCCCCGAAGCCCUGCCGCCCCGUCGCCACCACCGCCCGGCGCCCCCUCCGCCCGUACAGCGCCCCUCCGCCGCCGAGCAACCCCGCCACCCGGCGCCCCGGGCGUGCCGCAGGUGA